UACAGCGGUACCAGAUCUUAAACUUGACGGAUUCUUCAAGAUUCGACGCCUACCGGCGACUUCCAUUCGUUAUCCAUUUCACCAACCACGUGGAGCUCAAGUUGACAAAGUCUAGCGCUACCUCAUCUGCUCACCUUUAUAUCCAAUACGACUUUGGUAGGCGAACAUGCAUAAGCAUUCAUGGAGCAUCGAACCCGAAUUGGCAGUUCAAUCUCCGAUUAGCCUCGUCACCAGCUUUAGAACUGCCAACCCGCACAAACCAGAAAGCGUCUGUUUAGCACGUGCUAGUUAGACUGACACCAACAUCUUGCUCUCCAAGGGCACUAGUUACAAUGUGCGGCUGCUCAUUGAUCAGCUUAAAAAUGUCUAGAUUUGGAAGAGCAGGGUUGAACCAGUUUUACGAGGAGGGAGAUAUAUUGAGAGCAUGGUGUAUAUAUCCAUGGUUCGCAACUUCAGUCUUCGGUUUCGUAGAUGACUUUCUCUUUUUGUGCUAUCUGCGUCGCGCGUCGACGACUGUCAAGAAGAUCUAGCCUGUCUUCUGUUUAGAAAGCCGGCGCCAUGCGUAUCUCACAGCCUUUCGUUCUCUCUUUGGCAAGCAGGGGUGUCCAAGCGAGCGUACCACAAUAUCUUGCACCGACUCAGGAUAUCAACUUUCCCUCAAGCAAGACCGCGACUAAUCCCCUCCAAUGGGUGGGCGCCAACGGACCAUGGUAUGCUGGUCCCAACGUCUUCGAAAUCUCACCCGAGGUCCCUGAUAACUGCUAUGUCGAUAAGGCUGCCUAUGUCUCAAGACAUGGCUCGAGAUAUCCAGAUCAAAGUGCUUACAAUGGGUGGGUAGAUAUGUAUGAAAGGUUACAAUCCCCUAACUACACUGCACAUGGAAGCCUUUCGUUCCUAUCAAGUUGGCAACCUGUUCUUACGAACCCAACGGCCCAGAUUGCCAUGGAGAACCCUACUGGCGCAAAGGAGGCCUAUGAUUUUGGCUACACGCUUCGAACAAGAUACCCGGACCUUUACCAGGAUGGUGACCAAUUCCUAGUAUGGGCUAAUAAUUAUACUCGGGUUCUCCAAACAGCAUCGAUGUUUGUUCGGGGAUUCUUAGGCUACUCCGCUUCCCAGAGUGGAAGUAUCGUCUCAGUAACAUCUAAAGGCUUCGCGGCUGGCGUUGGGGACUCGCUUGCUCCUUCGGAUAUGUGCCCAAACUUCAGUGACUCAGAGGGUGGAAACAAUAAAACGGUUUGGGAUAGCAUUUGGGUCCCGCCUGUUCAAAAGCGUCUACAAAAGCUGAUCCAAGGAAACCUGACCUUAACCACCAAUGACGUGACCCAAAUCCCCUAUCUGUGUGGCUUCGAGAGCCACAUCACUGGUCGACUUUCGCCGUGGUGCGGUGUAUUCACCGAUGAAGAAUUAAGACAGUAUGAAUAUUCUAACGAUCUUCGUUACUACUACGGAGUUGGACCAGGCACGGACCUUCCCAAGAAGAUGAUGACGCCUUUCUUAAAUGCUCUUGUUGGCCUUCUGCAGAAUGGGUCAGUUAACGGCACCAAGGCUGAUGGGUCGACGUUCGCGGUUCCCAAACUUCUGAUGUCGUUCUUGAACGACGGCCAGUUAACUGAACUGGUCACCGCAAGUGGCGUUUUCGACGCACAGGCUCCGUUAUCUGCCACGAAGAAGGACGAUAACAGACUCUGGGUUGGAUCACGAUAUGUUUCUAUGAGAGGAACCGUCGCUUUCGAACGAUUGAACUGUGCUGUGAAAUAUAACGGUAACCCGGGUUACUCUUCAAAUUUGUCAACAUCUGGGCAUACAUCAACCAACGAAACGUACGUCCGCAUCCGGUUAAACGACGCGGUUUAUCCCAUUCCAUCUUGCAAGAGCGGUCCUGGUUCAUCUUGCAAGCUAAGCGACUACGCUAGCUACGUCUCGAAGAAGUAUGCUGCCGAAGGAAACUGGAUUAAGAACUGCAAUGUCACGGUUACCAAGGAUACGCCGACGACAGUGAAGGGCGCCAGUUUCUAUACGGAUUUGAGCAAGCCUUGGGUUCAGCAGAUUGCCGUUUACUAAAGUGUAUAACAUAUGAGUAUUACUUAGAGAUUUUUACAACAUAUAAUGUAGUCGGUAAUAACAGAUAUCAAUAAUUAGAGGGGGUUGUGAUAAUGGAGGCAUCAAGGUACUUAGGUACUUAGUGAAGAUGCCGUCAUGGGCUUGCCUAAUUAAUCCCUGACGACAGGGGCUAAUAAUACAGUGCGAAACUUAAAACAAUUACA